GCCUGUAAAGGACAUAAAGCAGCCAUGAACAGAAUGGUUGUAAUCUUCCUGCUAAUGCCUGUGACCUGGACACGGAGAGGAGCAGCAGCUGAGAAACAUAAUCCCUUACACCAAAGACUGAGGAGGCUGAAUCAGGAGUUCAAGAGAUUUCAACAGAUGACCUUCACUCAUCUUCAGAGCAUUGCUGAAAAGCACAACAUUUCAAAUAACAUAGACUCGCGAUUCCAAGUUUUGAGUCAGCAGUUUGAGAGGAUCUCCAGAGAGCUCCGCGCAUUUAAGGCAAAGACAGAGCACAGCCUGAAUUCCCUCAAAUCCCGGACUAGAGUUAUGAAUUUUGUGAUUGGAGAUCCAGCGUAUCGUGAAUUAUCUUUACAAAAUGUCCUGGAUGGCCACUGGCACCAUUUAUGCAUCAUCUGGUCCUCCAUUGAAGGCCAUCAUCUCAUAUCUACUGAAUCCAAGUUCCAGAAAGGCUACGAGAUCCCUCAUGGGGGCUCUAUGAUCCUGGGACAGGAGCAGAAUUCGAUUGGAGGAGAUUUUGAUGAAGCUGAAGCAUUUGUGGGCAGACUGGCAGGCUUGUGGACUAGGAGCCUGAACCCUGGGGAAGUGUCUGGACUAGCUUCUGGCAAAGGGGUUUCACGAGGAGCAGAGCUCAGCCUGGAUGAUGUAGACCAGAUGUUUGGCUCUGUUCAACAUAUUACCUGUGAGUGUCUGGAGCACAACAGAUGA